CACGCACAACAUGUUCGGUCGGUACUCUAGUUCAAAACUGUUACUUCAUCGAGUAUAUUAAAUAUAAAAUAUUUUUACGUUAGGAAACGGAAACUAAGCUCUUUAUUAACGAUCCGCCAAGUUUGAUUUAAAAUUUACGCGCUAUGAUGAUGCUGCAGAAUCCUCUAUUUCAGGAGUACAACACAGCCUUAUCACAACUUCUUGAAUUGCAUCAACAGCAAAGGCAUUUAUAUCAGCAGCGACAGAACCAACAAAGGGGUGCUUUCCAAACGUAUGGGUGUGUGGACGGUAUUAGAAGUGCUAGCCGUGGCAGUACCGACUCUGAUGGUGGCUUAAGUUCUUCGUCUCCUCGACCUUCUAAACCCUUUACUAUCGAUGCUAUACUUGGGUUACACGGACCACCUGGUCAAAACUGUACACCUACCGCAGCUACUGCCUUGGAUUUUUCGACCAGUGGAUCAGCUACUGCUAUCGCUAUGCACUCCAAAAAAUCUAAAGAAGAUAAAAUUGAUGCAUCGCUGAAAAAACAUGGUUGUUCAGGAAAAUCAAAAAGAGUAAGAACAAUUUUCACUCCUGAACAGCUGGAAAGGCUUGAAAUGGAGUUUGAACGUCAACAAUAUAUGGUGGGUCCUGAAAGGUUGUAUUUGGCACAUACUUUACAGCUGACUGAAGCACAAGUUAAAGUUUGGUUCCAAAAUCGUCGCAUCAAGUGGAGAAAACAACAUUUAGAGAUACAACAACAAAGGUUAGCUAAUAUACAUCAGAGAAAUACACACGAAAUUGUACAGGAGUGCGAAGAUGAUGACGAUUCAGAAACAGAUACAAACAAUUGUUCGUUUUACUCUUAAUCGUUAGA